AUGGAUUUUUUGUAUCUCUCAUUAGACUUUGCAACCAAUAUUGUGUGCGUUGGAUUUUUUUUUUUUAAAAGAAAACCAAUAUUUUUAACCAGUCUGAAACCACAAAAGGUUUAUUCUUUUCUUUUCGUGUUAAAUAUAUAUACAUCUGUUUACCUCAAGAUGUACAGGAAAAGCUUUGGGGAAAACAGACGUACCUCGUUGGAGGAAAGACUAGAUUCAUCGAUGACAAAUGAAUCAUCAACUACUGGACCUAGAAAUGGCGAGUUCAAGCCAAACACAAACAGAAAGGUCUCCACAGAGUUCAACCUGGUUGACAGUAAAACCCAGCAAGACACUUUCGUACCGUCAUUAAAUCAACAAAAUCAAUUAGACGAUACGCAGUCCGAUCGAUUUGAACAUCAAUCUAUUCUGCCUCUUCGGAAAAGGAAAAGUUGGUUUACAGGUGUUUUACGAAGACGAAAGCUUAGUUUAGUUAACGACAUUCAGUCAGCUCCUCCUGUACAGCAACAGCAAAACGCUAAAUCAAAAGGGUGGCUUUUCAAAUCAAAGGCUGAGACUGAUUCUACACUUAUAUUAAACACGGCGCAGUAUUCAAAUAUUCGAUCUGCCGAAUCGGAUCAGGCUGAAUUAUUGUCUACCGGGUCAGUAGACAGGAACAGCAAAUCCAACUCAAUCCAAUUUGAAUCAAGAAACCUAGAGUACGAUGACACUAUUCCUAUAUUUUUCGGCAAAUACUCUGGUAGCCCAAUGUGUACAUCUGUAUUGAAGAAUUCCCAAAUUGUCUACUUUCAAAUUAGCGCUUAUAACAGAUUUUAUGAUUUUGAUGAAGCUACGUAUCACCCAUGGAAUAUCUGGGAAGUCGAUGAUGACGUGAAAAAAUUGCGUGGAACCAUUGACGGGAAGGAUGAUUUUACAGAUUUCGCUAAAGAAUUUGAGUACUGUCAAGUUUUGUUGAUGAGAAGCUGGUUAGUUCCCAACUAUGAGAUAUUUAAGAAUGGGUAUUUGAUCCAACUUAAAAUCACCCAUAAGAAAAACGACGCCGAGAAAGCCAUUAAUUUAUAUCUCAGUUGUUCUAGGGAUUCGAUUUUUAGGAAGCUACCUGAACAAGGAGUCCGGAUUAGUGUUUGUGGUAUUCGUUAUUUUAGAAAAACUCCACAGCUAUCUGAAGUAAUUUUUUGGAUACAUCCAAUUAAAAAUAUGUCGUUUAGUAUUGUUGAGCAAGUAGUUUUGCUUUUAAAACUGUUUAGAAUUUCCACUGGUAUCCAUAAAACUAUUUUGGUUGAUUUGAAUAAUGGCUCAAGAUCUACGAUCAAAAGUCUGUAUACACAUUAG